AUCGAUUCAUAUUUCAUUUCGGGUUACGUAAUUGAGGUGGCAAAGCCGACAAUGGUGGCAAGUUCAGUUCAAAAAGAAAAAGACCCGCUAGGGUUUUGAAUUCUACCACAGAAGUUAUUCACCAUCGACAUCGUAGCAUGAUUUCGCUCUGCAAUUUGAAGAGCCUUCGAUUGGGGUUUUCAAUAUUUUCUUCUACAUUUGCUUCCAAAGAUCUAAAAACCUCACAUUUCCCUCUUCAAAUUCAGCUACUUUGCAGACAAUUCAGGUCAGAAAUCUCUGAAAACCACCAUGAUUUCACAGUCAAUUACCUCAUAAACUCAUGUGGGUUGGCCCCGGAAAAUGCAAUUUCCGCCUCCAAGACGAUCAAGUUGCAGUCCCCAGAAAGAGCGGACUCCGUAUUGGCCCUUCUGGGAAGCCAUGGAUUCUCCCAAACCCAGAUCUCGAAGCUCGUCAGGUCACGCCCUCAGUUCCUUUUAGCCGAUCCUGAUCAAACCCUUUUGCCAAAGCUCGAGUUUUUCAGCUCCAUUGGAGUUUCGAGGGAGGACGUUGCCAGAAUUGUGGCUUAUAGCCCAAAUCUUUUGGUGUUGAGCUUGCGGAAACGGAUUGUACCGACUUAUGAGUUUCUGAGGAGUAUGCUUUCGGAGAAAAAUGCGGCUUCUGUUGUCAAGCGCGGUACCUGGAUUUUCUUGGAAGGACACUCGAAGAAUGUGGAGCCGAACAUUGGGAUUUUGAGAGAAUCAGGUAUGCCCCAGUCAUGCAUUUCUCUGUUGCUUGCUAGAUUUCCCCGUGAAUUGAUGUGGAAGACUGAAAAGUUUGGAGAAGUAGUGGAUGUGGUUAAGCAAAUGGGUUUUAAUCUCGAAAAAUCUACUUCAGCUGUUGCAAUAAGCACAUUGUGCGGGCACAAUGGUAAGUCGAGAUGGGAUCAAAACCUUGAAGUUUAUAAGAGGUGGGGUUGGUCUGAGGAUGAUGUUCUCUCUGCUUUCAGGCGGUUCCCGCAGUGUAUGACUAAGUCGGAGAAGAAAAUAGCGCAAGUAAUGGAAUUGUUAGUGAACAAGAUGGGAUGGCCGUCAAGAAUGGUUGCCAAGUACCCGGUGGUCAUGGGUUUGAGUUUGGAGAAGAGAAUUAUCCCGAGGUGUAAGGUUGUAAAAGUUUUGCUGUUGAAGGGAUUGGUAAAUAUUGAAAACUUGAGUCUGAAUGUCGUGUUAAAAUCUGUGGAAAAGAAGUUCUUGGAGAGUUUUGUGACCAGAUAUCUCCACCAAGUACCUCAAAUUGUGAGUGUGUAUCAUGGAAAUGUUGAUAUCCAGGAUGUGUAAUCUCCCUUCAUAUUUUGCUGCAGCAAAUUCACUUGGUUGCCAGUGGCUGAAAAUAUAAAUUCGUUGGUUUAUCUUCUGCUUCUCCAAUGCCUAGCAGUAGCUGCUUUAAUUGUACAUAUAUUAGAACACUGAACACCAACUUGAUAUUGGCCUGAUCUCCCUGAUGCCACCAAUUUACAGUUAAUGGUGCUGCAUGGCUUUUGACAGGAUGCACAAAGUCUUGCUUCUAAUAUAUUCAACAGAGGAGUGAAAGGGACCUUUUCUUUUUUGGGUCUAUUGUUCAAAUCAAAAGAAACAAAAAUGCGAGCACGCCCGCAUACAUAUCAGUUCUCAUGGCAGUUGAUGGGGUAUGUAAUGAAGAGACAUUUCUUAUAUCUUUUAUAUCCGUGGAUGAAUGAAUCUAUUAGAAAACAUUUGAAGACUUUCUGAUCAAAAGAGAGAAGUUUGCCUUUACAAUUUUAGUGCAAGCUUGUGAAAGGAAGUCCAAACUGAACCGCCAAGAAGAAAAAUGGAGCACUUCAUAAGAAAAGAGCACAUGAUGCUGGAUUUGUAGGAAUUGAAGGUUUUCUUCAUGUCUCUGCUGCGAGUAACAACACAGUUCACCCUAAUUGUUUUGGAGGAAAAAACUUUGGUGUUUGGUUUUUGAAGUGGAUGGGGUGGAAUAAAGUUUGUAUUCAUUUUGCAUUGCAAAGAUCUCUUUGCCUUUUCUCCUUGCAUGACCACAUUGUCAUUUCUUUUGCUUUCCUCGUACAAUCGUGUCUACUCUUUACUUAGCAGAUUCUCAUAUAUGUUAAGUAUUGUAUUCAUACGUUUGUAUAGCACAUCCAAGCUCGUCAUAAAUUACACACCAAUUACUCUGUGAUUCA